AAAGUCCUAAAAUUAUGGAACAAACUCAGUUAAUUAGUUCCUGUAAAUCUGUUCUGUAUCAAUUGUUGAUAGGUAUCUUUAUAUGAUUAGCAUUAUCAUCUCCUAAACUUUAGAAUUAGAUAUUCAUUGCUCUAACCGAUACUCCAUAGUCCAUCCUUCCUCUAUAUAAUGAGGCUGUAAUCUGUACAUCAUAUAUACAAAAAAGAUAGAAUCAUCUGCUUCCUUUUUUCUUCAUGGUAUCAGAGCGGUUGUCCUGCUUUGUUUGAUUUAUUUUUUCCCAAUCAACUAUGGCAGAAAACGAUUCUCAAUCUUCCGGCGCUGUGUCGUCUUCUUCGGGAGCCACAAGUUCUUUUGGUGUGUCUGCUGGGUCAGAAUUCGAAUCCAAUCCUAAUCAACGAUUGAGCUCUGUUAUGCUAAAUGAGUUCAAUUAUCUUCCUUGGUCAAGGGCCAUAACUCUUGCUCUUGGUGGAAGAUCUAAACUUAGUUUUAUCGACGAUAAAGUUUCUCCUCCAAAUGCAUCAUCGCCAGACUAUGCGACAUGGUUGUCCAAAGACCGGCUGGUGCGAUCAUGGAUUCUUAAUUCCAUGGACUCUCACCUUGCAGGGAUUUUCAGCUAUUCAGAUUCUGCUUCACACUUAUGGACGGCAGUUCGUGAUAUGUACGGCCAACAGAAUAAUUCUACUUGAAUUUUUGAACUCCAACGAGACAAUUGUGAACCUGCAACAAGCUGGUAAACCCUUUGUUCAACUACUUGGCAGUCUGAAAAGAAUGUGGAAUGAGCUUGAGGUGUACCGUCCCCACACAGUUGAUGCUACUAUGCUUAGUAAGCGAGUCGAAGAGGACAAAAUUUUCUAGUUGUCAGCAAGUCAACCAGAACUCCCAUCGUUCUCAUGUCCCCACAACUCCCAUCGUUUGCGUAUGUCUGUUCCACGAUUCAGAGAGAAGAAGUGAGGAAAAAAGUCAUGAAUGUGGAACCUAAGUCUACCUUGUCUGACACCCGUGCUUAUGCUGCAAAUCGCCUACCCAAAGGGGAAAUCUCUUACAAAGGCAAGCGACCAGAUUUGAAGUGUCAACACUGUCAUCAUCUAGGACAUCUAGUUGAACGAUGCUGGGUUUUUCAUCCAGAACUAAAACCGAAGUUUUCCAAGGACAAGGGACCUCCAAAACAUAGAACCCAUGUUGCCGAGACCUUGCAGGGAGAUAUGGUAAAUUAUACCUCUAAUCCAAUUUCACUUAUCAAUGAGUUUGCUACAUAUCUUCAACAAAAGGGUGAUCAGGGACUUUUAGGCUCUGGAAACUCAAAUUCCACAGCUCUUUUUGGUAAGUUUGCUGGUUUCUUGGCAAACUCACAGCAUCAGUCUCAUGAAAAUAUUGAAGGUUUUGGAGGGUACUCAUACUUUUGGGAACCUUGGUGGUGGGCUGGGAUGAUAACUAUGAUUGUUGGGGAGAAAGCUAAUUUUGCUGCUUAUGCAUAUGCUCUGGCAAUUCUUGUCACUCCCUUGGGAGCACUAAGUAUUAUCUUCAGUGCAGUGCUGGCCCAUUUUAUCUUGGAGGAAAAAUUGCAUAUCUUUGGCGUGGUUGGAUGUGCUUUGUGCUUAGUGGGUUCUACAACUGUUGUUUUACAUGCUCCACAGGAGAGAAAAAUUGAAUCUGUUAAGGAAGUGUGGCACCUAGCCACUGAGCCAGCCUUCCUAGUCUAUGCUGCCAUAGUUUUGUUUCUCGUUCUUGUCCUCAUUUUCCUCUAUGUGCCUUUUUACGGGCAAACGCAUAUGAUCGUUUACAUUGGGAUAUGCUCACUUAUGGGGUCUCUUACGGUUAUGAGUGUUAAAGCUGUGGUAAUAGCUCUGAAGCUGUCAUUUUCAGGAUCAAACCAAUUUACCUAUUUCCAGACAUAGUUUUUCACUGUAUUUGUGAUUGUCUGUUGUCUUUUGCAGAUUAACUAUUUGAACAAGGCUCUAGACACCUUUAACACUGCUGUUGUUUCUCCUUUCUAUUAUGUCAUGUUUACAACCCUCACCAUCCUAGCAAGCAUCAUCAUUUUUAAGGAUUGGGACUCUCAAAAUGCAUCACAGAUUGCGACUGAGCUGCGUGGGUUCUUCACGAUUUUAGCUGGAACGUUUAUUCUUCACAAAAAGAAAGAAAGAUAUGGGAGGGAAUCCAGCAAACCCUGUACUUGAGACAUCUAUAGACAGAGACUCAAAUUCAAGGCAAGCAGAGGUGUGAAACAGUUUAGAUAACAAGCAACCAUGUCAUGUCGUCAACCAAUCGUGAAAAUCUGAUGAAGCUUUGCCAGCAUACCGGAGGAGGAGGAGGAGGAGGAGAUAUUUUUCCCAUUAGAUUUAGAGGGCAUGUGGGUGUGGCUGGUCAUUAUGAAAACGACAGAGUAUCAUUUCCGCCUACUAAACCAAAGGUAACAUCAUGUUUAUUUAGUUUAUGGUGUGAUAUAUAUAUAUAUAUUGGACAGUGCUGGGCCCGCUGGCUAAUUCACAAGGCGGCUAGUAUCUGAAAGCAAAAUGGCAUAUGAAUAGGGAAAUGGCUGUUUAACAUAGGACUCUCCUCUAUGUUAAUUGUGAGUAUUGUUGCUCUUAAUUUUAGGAUUAUAUAAUUGAUCAGAUGAGGAUUGGCAUCUUUAGUAAUCUUUGUUCACUCAAUCAG